ACUCUGCUUCAUCUUCCUCCAUCAUUGUUUUAUUACGAUUUUCUUUUGAUAGCAAGAUAUAUUCAAAAAGAAAGUGUUUCCCAAUAUAAAUUUGCUGAAUAGGCAAUAUAUUUGUGUACCUUAAAGUUAUUUUUAUGGUGAUUCUCUGUGUGAGACAUUCAUUGUUUUGAUACAGAACAGUAUGUUUUGAUUACAUUCGUUUGAUCGCAAAAUGUCUUCGAAUUUGGAAAAUGAGGACCUUUCUGACGUCCAGCUGGUUCGGAUGGAAGAUGUGCAGCCAGCUAGAGAGCAGCGAGACGAUGACCAGUUGGAGGUAAAAGAUGAGAGCAUGGAGACGUUCAUUUUCGAAGAAAUUGACUAUGAAAACGAGUGCGUUGUGGAUGAUGAUGACUCCAAUAUUGGUAGUAUGGUCUCCAUUCAGUCUGAGGACGCGUCUACGCCGUCCGAGGAAGUGUCAGUGCAGUCUGAAGUGUCGAUAGCAUGUGAGGACCUUCCAAACCAGGCAGAACAGGACCCCCAAUUAAUUGAAAUUUAUGACCAGAGCAGCUCAGAGUUAAUAAUUCCAGAUGUAGUUAACACUCGGAGAAUUAUUGUCUUGCAGAAUGCAAAUCCAGCACCAAAGAAAGAAGUUAAAACGGUACCAGACAGUUGGCCAACAUUGGAGAUCUUACCUGGCGGUGUCAUUAAACGUUCCGAUACUAUAGAUGAUGAUGCACUCACAACGUAUUCCGCGGAAGAGGGUAACGAUGUAGCGAAUGAAUCUGACGGUGAGGCGGGAGAGAAGAUGUAUGCGUGUGCCAAAUGCUCCAAGAAAUUCCGAUAUCUGUACUGUUUAGUGAAACAUGUCCGAUGGCACGACAAGCAGAAAAAAGACCCAGAUUUAUCAAAAUUAUGUUCAUGUGUAAACGGAAACUUCCUAUGCGUGCACCCAGUCAAACAAGAAACCAAACGAAAGCCACGGACAAAAGCAAACAAAAAGAGGAUACCAAAGAAAAAUAAAUCAUAGCCUAAGUUUGUUGCGAGUAUUUAUACAGGGUGAAUUUAUUAAGCCACAUUUUUUUAUUCGAUACCCAAAAUCUAAACAAAGAACUUAAUUUUACUGUAAUUAAAUAAAUCAUUGUGUAGAUUCAGUGUACAUAUUAUGAACUUCUUUAUUUGUUGUGUUGUACCGUAAUAGUUUAUGUGAAAGGAUUUAUUUAAUAAAGAAACCUUAGAGUGUAGGAUUUUAAUGAACUUUAUUCAUUGUAUUAGACUUUUCUAGGCUGUUUAUUUCAUGCCCAAAAUAGUUUAUGAGUAUUCUUGCCUUGAUUGGCUCUUAAAAAUCAUUUUACUAAGUCUCAAAUUGUUUCUAGGUAUUUCAAAAUCAACAAUGCAGUGUUCUGUAUUUUUUCCCUGACUCCAUUUGUGUUAAACAGUGGACAUAACAACACAAAGACAUCUGAUAUUGAUUGGCAUCUGCUAAACAAAUGUGAUAAUGUCGAUAUUCAGCCUUCGAAUUCAACGUUAACGAGACAAUUUUGAUCGUCAAAAUGAGUUUCGUGCUAACAUUUCUUAUAAGUUCACUUUACGACACGUUCACAAGGGCGCUGUUUUAGUUUUCGUAAUAGAUCUUUUGAUGGGGAUUCGAAGCCGAAAGUUUUUAUGCUAGAGAUACAGGAUACAUUAAUAGCGUUAAAAUGAAGUUACAGUUUUAUUUUACUACUAGCUGUUAAAAACUGUUUGGUCUUAUAAAUUUUAAAUUGCUUUCAAUCUAUAUUUUAAAGUUAUAAUGUUUAUUUAUUCAAGAACCUUCUACAUUAUUGUUUUCUUAAAAAAAAUAUAAAGAAAGUACCUAAUGAAAAUUUGCUAACUUGAAUUUCAAUAAACAUCUAACUACAAAUAUAACGCCCUGUAUAAGUGUAAUAUAAAUGUAGCAUAGAAAGGUUCAUAUCCAAAAAAAAAAAAAACAUUAUGUAAGCUGUUAAGUUCCAUCAAGAUUUUUUAUGAAUGUUUUCAUUGUAAAUAUUUUUUUUUGUUUUACUUUUAAAGUUAUUUUAAACUGUAUUCGCCUAGUAUGUAGUGGUGGUCUAAAAAAGGCAUUUUGAAAAUACCUUCUUGAUCUAAGUUUAUGUUCAGAGGGGCCACUCUUGUUGUUGUUAGUCAAUUCAUAGCUCUAAUAAAACGAUUGUUGUAAAAUUAAAGUUUUAUUGAUUUUAUAAAAUAAAGAUUUUAAAAUUAACAAA